AUAUAAUAACAAAAUAUAAUAACUGGCUGGUAGCCAUGCCGAUUUCGGAGACUCAGAGGACAGGGCUUCGAGAUCUACUUGUGAAUGAGAAGAACUCGUCGGUCCUACUGCAGUUGGCCAAUAGCACCACGAAAAAUGUGUGGACAACCGAGGAUCCAGAGGAAGCCCUUAGGCUGCUCACUGCACACAUUCCGGACAUUUACAUCCUGCUCUCCAAGCGCGCUAUAACAAGAGAACUCCUGUUCAGGUACUUGCACACUCGACAGCCGGACGUAGCCACAGAUUUCACUAAGGCGGACCUCGUAGCAAAGGUGAUUCAGUACUGGGAACAGGAACAGGAUCAGGAGUCAAGCAGAUUACCUUCUAAAGGCCAAGCUGCCGUCUCAGUUGUCUCGACUUCCAAGCAAAACGAAGAGGAUUUCCCCAUUCACUCCAUUGCCCGAAAGUUCGGAGAAUGGUUUUUCGACCGCCUUAACUCAGACAGCCUGAGCCUGGUGGACCUGUGGACCGAUGCUGCCCUGCACCUCACCAUCGCGGCCAGCGAUGGGUUAAAUGAGAUAGAGUGCACGACGGCUGCCGAAGUGCUGUCGGCACUAACAAGCACCAAACAGCAAUUUGGCUUCCACUUCAAUCCAAACUUGACCCACGCCGGGAUUCAGGGACGGAUGGAUGCGUACGGGCAGGUUGUGGUCCUCUGCUGUGGCACUCUGCACACGUCCAUAAGCUGUGUUGGAAUCUUUGAGUGCGCCUUCGGACUGCUGCGAGAUCCCUACGCGGAAAACAACUGGAAGCCCAAGAAAGUCAAGUGCUUGCUCAAAAGCCAGCAACAGCCCGCGGAGCUGCACAUACUGUGCUCGAGCGAGACUCUGCAGGCAGCACUUGAGCUGCCGGUACCGAUCGACGGCUUGGAUUAAUGGACUUGCACUUGUAUUGAACCAGCAUAAGUACACGCGUAUAUUUACACUUGGAUAUUAAAAAGAAAUAAACUCACCUGCAUGGCGUUCCAUUCUGAAUAGAGUGAUGAUGUCGUGGAAUAUUCCACUUAGUGUGGACAACACAAA